AUGUCCCGCCAACUCAUUUCCAGCGAGAAGUUCCCUACCAAGCCUCACAACUGCCCUGCAACAAAAGUUCCAGGUCUCGUUUUCUGCGCAGGCCAAACUGCUACAGGAGAGAUUAAGCAAGCUACUAGAAAGGUCCUGCAGAACCUCAAAGAGGUUCUCGAGCUCUCCGGGUCCUCCCUCGAGCAGGUCGUCAAGUACAACGUCUACCUCGCCGACAUGAAAGAUUUCGCUGCCAUGAACGAAGUAUACAUCGAUUUCCUCCCCCAACCUAUGCCGUCGCGCUCGUGCCUUCAGGCUGUUCCUCCCGGUGACGGCACUGUGAUUGAGAUUGAAUGUAUUGCUCAGGCUUAA